CAAGCGUACUUUUUCGUUUUUUUAUCGGUAACUUUGCGAACAACAGAAUACGAGCCUUUUCCAAUUACAUCUCCAACGUCGUAUCCUUGAAGAACAUCGUAUACAGACUGGUUUACCUCUAAAUCCAUCAAGUUUUGUGAACUACUCAUGUCUGACUUGGAACAAGGUGCCUCCUAACAAAAACUUCCAAAAAAUGAGAUUUAAAGUGCAGAAAAGAAAUAUCUAUUUAAUAUAAGCUGACAAGCUUUGUGAACCAGACUUUCUGUUUCAAUACUGACUGCAAGUUGCAUAAUGAAGAUUUCUAUUUGUUGAGGAACGAAUUAUCAAAUAAUGAAGACACGAACCAAAGCAGCAACAUGAACUCUAUUUUCUCCUAUCUAUAAAUAAUUUAAGGAGUACUGCCUUUCUGGUUUCACAUUGCAAGGAUGCCCUACGUUGAUCUAGUUGAUAUAAAAAAAGACGUAAUUACUCAAGACAGCAAGAAUUGAGGAUUUUGCUGACAGAACGUUUGGUUUUAUGUUUGUCUUGUCGUUACACAAAACAUUGAGCUGUUACUCCUUCCCUGGAUUUCUUAGAAUGCGGUAUUCUGGUGUCUGUUUACUUGUUUACCAUAUGCUACUAAUGAUGUUCGUACGGUUUACUCGUCUUUUGUUUACAACUUCGUUUUCUUAAACGUUUGUUUACGUUUAUAUUAACAGACUAUAAAUUUCAGAAAGUUCCGCUUUUUAUUCUUUCCUCAAGCAAUUGCAGAAUUCCGAACGGAAGUUUUUCACCAAAGCCUUACUUUUUAAACAACUUAAAUCAUUCCCAUAAGCAAUAAUCCUUACAAACUCAACAACAAAAGUCAUUACUCGGUUCAAUUGAGUGAGAACUUCAAUUGCUAUUUUCUUGGAGCUCUUUGAAAAGUUCUGAAAUUAAACUAAAGUCGCAUUGUCCCAUCCGUUUCCAAUUAUAUUUAAGUAUUCACUUAUCAAGUAAUUGGCCAUUAUAUCCUACUUGUUCAUUACUUCAGGCUUUACUAUCAUUUGUAAAAAAAGUCUCAAUUAUAUACCUCAGCAACACGUAAGCUUUUCUUGCUUUUGUGAUUGCUUACGAACUACGUGUUAUUCAAUCCAUUCUCCUUCUCAAGUGAAACGAUUUACUGAUACAAUAUGUCAGAUAUGUCUACUGACAAUUUAACCGUGUCUCAACGGAUUGCUGCUUUCGAGCUGAUGAACGGCAAUGCACCUUCAAAAUUUGAGCUCAAAGCAAAAAGAGAUGUUGACACUGCGUGUCACGGAACAAGACCUUGUCAGUAUGGCUCUUCCUCCCAAGGGAGAAUUACGAGACGUCGCAGUGCCGAGUCUUCCGAACAAAUGAAAAGACUUAAAGCACUUGCUCUUUCUCAGUUCCUUAAUAAAUCUACGCCAAAAGAAACACUCUUAUUCCCCGAACGCGAAUUACCCCCUCCAAGAAAAAUCAAUCAUCAAAGACGAUCGACUGACUUUCCUGAACGCGAGUUACCUCCUCCAAGACGAACGCUUGAUUUUCCUGAACGCGAGUUACCUCCCCCCAGGAAAAUUAGCAUAAGUCGUUCUUUCGACGAGGGAAUGAAAACUCCGGAAAGAUUUCCUUACUUACAUGCGUCUCUAAACCAAUGCAUACCAUCAACCCCCAAGGCCACAAGCAUCGCCUCUUCCUCUGUGGUUAAGCAUGCGGAACCUGCCACAAGAGCUGCUGCUAUUGCAACUUUGGCAGCCAAGGGUGAAAGAACCGAGCAAACCAGCAAUUCUAAAUCGAAUUUUUAUGAGCCCGCCCUUUUCUCCAGUCCAGCAUUUAUCAAGUUUGCUGCUGGAAAACGGUCUUGUUCUGUUUUAAGUCCAAAGAAAACGGACAAGAGAAGACAAACUGAAUUUGAUAAACGAAGUGCUGAACGUGAACACACUUGGAGGGUUCAAGAACUUGAACGCCGUAGGGUGUCUCGGAGAUCAUUAGGGAAAAAAACAUUUACUGUUCCAAAAAACGAUUAUGCAAAUCAUGGUGCAGAUAUUAUAAAUACACCAUUGACACAAUCAACACAAAAGCUGGCUAAUGUGAUAAAUACUUCUUUAUCGAAGAGUAAUGAGCUCUUGAAAGAUAAAAAGAAUCAAAAUGCUAAUACCGCCGAGAUUACUGAAAAGGAAAUCGGGAAAAAAAAGCAGAAAAAGUUUAAGCGAGAAAAGAGGUCUUUUACUAAGGCGCUUAAGAAAACUUCAAAAUUCCUAUCUAACUUAAAGAACAAAACUUCUGAAUAUUUACAAGGCGGUCGAGUUAUCGACUUUGUAACGCCCGAACCCGAGAUUAUUUAUUGGGAGGUCCAGAAUGCGCGCGCUAAGAAGAACGCAAAUAUCCCCGUACAACCGAUUCCUGAAGAGUACGACCUUGAUUGCAAUGCUCCUCAUCCCCUCCGAGAAACCAACCUUUCUGAUCCCGAUUCUUUUCUUCGUUCCUCCUCAUCUUUGGUGAAUGAAAACAUUGGGGGAGGCAACAGAUGCCUCAAUGAUUUUAAAACUGUUGAAGGUGGUGAAAAAACCGAGCUAACUUCUGUUACCAACUCUGCCAACGGCCGCUGCUCAGUAGGUAUUUACUCUGACAGUAGUAGCUUUAAAGAUCAGUAUCACAUUUCAGAGGACACAAACCGUGAUUUUUCCUUAAGCAAUGAAGCUUUAUCACAUGCAGGAACGUUCGCCAUUCAGUACAGCGCAAACGUAAAUGACAACGAUGCUCCUUCCGCUGUUAUCGCUAGAGAUGUACAGGAUCUUAUUCAACCCUAUGAGCCAGAAAAGGAAUUACGUUUUGAUAUUGACAGUGAAGUCUUCGAUGAUGGGCAAAUUCAAACAACGAGAUCAAAUGAACUAAAAAGAUCGCUCUCUAAGUUAUCAGAUGAUAAGAAGAAGAAGCUUAAAACUGUGCAUUAUACAGAUGAAGUUUUAGGAUGUGAUUAUCUCGGUCCUCGCCCUAGAAUUCCUGUUCCACGCUGUCUUGCGGGAUUUCUUGAUCUUCCUGACAAAAGUUUUAAUGAGUUUUUUGAAAUUGUUUCUAACACAACUGUUGAAAAUGAACAGCAUAUGGUAAACUGCAUCUGGUCUUUACAAGAACACAAUUUCCUGAGUAAAGAAAUUACAAACUGGUUGGUUCGUGAUGGACAGAAAAUGGAAACUAUACGCGAGCUAUACCUGCAAAACUUUAAUUUUACGGACAUGGAUAUACUAGCUGCUUUUAAAGAACUUUCGGGAAAGCUAUACCUAAAUGGUUCUGUGACAUUCGAGUCACGAAUCUAUGAUGCAUUUGCCAAGCGCUGGUGCAAUAUGAACCUCGAUAUGGGUUUCUUAAGUCCCUCAACUGUUUCCAGUAUCAUUUACUCUUGUAUGAUGCUGAACAAUAAUUAUCAUAUCAAUGACAACAUUUUCAGACCGAAAAUUGAAAAGUCGGAAUUUAUACAAAAAGCACUACUGGAUGCAGCAAAGCAAUUACAGGAGAUACAUGAGGACUGCAAAAUUCCGAAGCAUCAACAAAGUCUACGCUUCAAAUCUUUAAGUAGAAUUAACCCAGCACAUCGCGAACGGAUACGCAUAGCUACAAAACUGAGCAAGGCUUAUUCAGUCCCAACAAUUAUCAUUGUCUAUAUUGAUUGUAUUCUUCGUGAUUAUUUUGACGCCAUUAAGGAAAAGGCUUUACCCAUUCCAGCUAAAGUUGCUAGUCUCUUAGAUGCUUAUGCUCUUACUGGCAAAAUGUUUGAGCAAAAGAGGCCAAGUAAUAUAUGUCGCUACCGCAAAAAGGAUUGUGCUACUACCGAAACUUUUCAAAAACUCACGAGGCAAAACGAUCUUCUUGAAAAUGAGGACGUGAGUGAUAAAAGUCAUUCGUCGAUACCUUAUCAAGCUAACCCGGUUGUUGAACUUAAUCCUGCCUAUGGUGAGCUCCCUGCGGCGCCAGAACCCGAGACAAUAGAUGGUCGUCCGCAUUUCCGCAAGUACAACUACGAGGAGUACGUGAAAGCUAUAAAAAAUGACAAGAAAAUACCUUGGUUAAAAGCCGGGGUUCUACAAUUUAAGAAGUUUUCAUCAAAAAACUGUUCGCUAAGCUCCGGUUCUUGGAAAGAGGCGAUGUUUUCUGUUAAAAAUGGACGUCUUGACAUAUAUUGUAUGUCCAAAAUUCAUACCGAUCGUGAUAAUGUGCAAACAUGGUUUAAGCAUGGCUCUAUCUACAAAACCAUUGAACUGCAAAAUACAAUAACUGAUAUGGACGUUCCUAAGCAUUUGAAAACUCGCAAAUCUUGUCUCCUUACUUUUAAUCGCCCUGAAGGUUCAUUUUACGUUUUAUCUUUACCAACAAUUUUGGAGCAAAAUGAAUGGCGCCAUGUACUCAACUUUAAUGCCGCCUUGAAUACAUCUGCUCGGCUUCCCCAUGAGCAGCCAAUGCACGAAUAUGGAUGGGGAUCCUUGUUGAAACAUGAAUAUAGUGCCGAGUCAGAAGGUCAAGUACGUGUUUACACUGACAACUCCAUUAAAAUUAGCAAAUGGAAGGUUCCUAGAGGUUGGGCUCAGCGCGAGAAACCACUCUUUAUUGGUCUUAAAAUCGAUGAGUAUGGAAAGCUUCUGUCACGCCUUAUGGGCGAAAUGAAAGAGUUUCAGGGGAUUCCAGCUUUAAUUGAAAAAAAACUGCUAAAAAACUCUAAAAAUUUUAAAACUGCUUUGGAAAACUGGGAUGCCAAAAUGGCUUAUAUGUUUGAACAAUACAGAAUCUUCAAGGUUUACUACGGAGUUCUUAAAGAUGAAUUUCAUUACAGAAAUGAACGUAACCAACUUCUCACUGAUAUUUAGGUAUGUGGUAUAAUUACGGAUUCAAAACUUUCCUUGCCCAAAAAAACUUUAAACUUAGAAUGCAUGUCUGCACACAACAAUGCAUCUUACAAAAACCAUUGAAAACACGCUAAAUGUGAAAAGUGUUUAAAUUCCCCGUGAAUACUUUUCUAUCAAAGUUAAAAAAAAAAAAAAAAAAUUACUGAAAAAUAAAGACUCUACUUAGGUGUCUCUAAAUUCUUAUUAAAAAAGUUGAAAAGAGAAAGCUUGAUGCAGCAAGUUAAUCUCAUAAAUAUUAAGAACAAGAUUUAAAAAGGAUGAAAUGUCAAAAAAGUUUAAGUCCGAACUUGCCUAAUCAUUUGAAUGGAAACCGAGAACAUGGGUGUUAUAAAAAAAAACGACAAAAAAAAAGGAAUAAUAAGUUGUGACGCUGUCUAAAGUGUCGGCUCCUGCUUUAAACCAAAGACAAAACGAAGAAAAUGUUAAACUUAAAAAAAAAAAAAAAAGAUAAUUAAAAGAAAGGGUAUUUAGCAACUUACUAUAGGCUCGAGUUUAAAGCAUUUGAAGGAAAUUACGAGCUCCCUUCUACAACGUAUAUUUAAGGAUUACUCAAACUGGUUGAAGUUUUGGAUAGGUCGCAAUAGCAAUAGCAUGUGGUUUUCUUUGUUAA